AUGGGUGGGUUUGAUGACCGUGUUGCUAUAAUUGGGGAUUGGAUGCCUCCUAGCCCGAGUCCAGGAUCCCUCUUUUCGUCAAUGUUGGGUGAUGAUGGUACUUCAAGGUCAGUUCUGGACCCAAUGGCAGGUGGAUUUCAAUCUGGAUUCUCCUUCCCCGGGUCUCUAGACAAUCAUGCAUCUACUAAUUCUAGUCAAAAGGAUGAUGGGGUUUCUAUUCGUCAAACGGAUGUCCAAUCCCAUUCCUCUGAUACACCUGCUAAAGCAGCUAGAAGGCAAUUGAGGGAGAAAAGGCGUGAAAAACAUGCUGCUGAUUUAGUAAAACAAGAUAAAGAAGUAACUUUGAAGCUUGAAAAUGCAGCUAUUGAACGUUCUAAGUCAGUUGAUUCUGCAGUUCUUGGGAAAUACAGUAUUUGGAGGAAAGAGAAUGAUAUGGAGAAUACUGAUUCAACUGUUCGAUUGAUCCGUGAUCAAAUGAUCAUGGCUAGGGUGUAUAUAAGUCUUGCAACAAUGAAGAAUAAGCUUGACUUGGCCCGUGAACUUCAAAAUUGA